CUUGCGCCUUUCCCGCACCCGGCGCGCAGAUAUAUAAGCGCGAGCGCGCACGGCACACAUGGUCACACCAGCACCGCCCUGUCCACCCAGAGAGACGCGCCAGUACGGCAGAUUUGCUAACUCGUUAGCCAUCGAUCUGGAGCUAGCCCUGGCCAUAUGGACCACCACGUCCAAGCCUUAGAGGAGGAUGGAGGGAUGCAGCAGCUGGUGCGCGAGCGCGGCCGGCGCAUCAAGGCGGCCGCGGAGCUCGGCCUGGCGCGCUCGUCGCGCGGCCGGGAGUGGGGCCGCGCGCUGGGCCGGCACGUCCUCGUGCCCCGGAAGGAUCUCUCCAAGGCGUUGCCCGCCACGCUGGAGAAGGCGAAGUCGUUGGAGCAGCGAGGCGACGAGGAAGAGGAAGAGGAGGAGGUAGUGGACGAGAAGGUGGCACUGCUGCGCCACCUGGUGCCAGGCGGCGAGGAGAUGCCGGUGGAGGGGCUGCUGGAGGAGACGGCCGACUACAUCGCCGCGCUCAAGGCGCAGGUCGGCGUCAUGCGCGCGCUCGCUUGCCUGCUGUCCGGCUCCGGCCUCGACGUGCCGCUGGAGAAGGCGGCUGUUCUCGCCACGCCGGAGAAGUCUCAGUGAGAUCAAGUCAUCUCUAGGCUCUGGCCUGGGCUUUAGCUAGUUUGGGCUCUGUCAUCUUCGGUUCCUCUUUUGCGUCGUAAAGGAGCAACACCUGCUUGGGCUUUAGGUAGAUUCAUGAAACUAAAUUUCUUGUAACGUUUUUUUAAGGGGGCUGAUGAGAAAGGACAAAUAGAUGAGCGAGUACGCUCAUCCUAGCAAACUAGGCAGAUAGAAUAUGACGAUCCGAGUAUGUGGCUCGUGUAAAUAUGCGUCAUAGGAGUAUUUUUUUCAUUGUCGAUGUUUUCGAGAUACUUUUUCUAUGUGCAGGUGAGCGGCGUGAUUGUAGCUGCGAUGCGAUCACGGGUCUAUAGUUUGCGAUGAUAUGAUCUUUUUUGUUGAGGUA